AUGCGACAUAGCGUCACGAUGCAGAUGGCCGUGACACUGGCCGUGUUGGCACUUGGCCCUGCUGCCCUCGCCGACGAUGUUCUCUACAGCAGUCGCCUCUCGAGGCGCGGCCUGCUCCAGAACGGCAACUACAAUCUCACCAUAUUCCACGUCAAUGACGUCCACGCACAUCUGGACCAGUACUCCGGAAACGGCGCAGAGUGUAAAGACGGCACCAGAGGCUGCGUCGGGGGCUACGCCCGCAUCAAGACCAAGGUCGAUGAGCUGCGCGGCGAGAACCCCGACCAUCUGUUGCUCGACGCCGGCGAUGAAUUCCAAGGCACCCCGUUCUACACCUUCUAUGGUUGGGUCAAGAUUGCCGAGAUCCUCAACGACCUCAAGGUCGAUGCCAUUACCCUUGGCAACCACGAAUGGGAUGGAGGCGACGACAAUCUCGGCAACUUCUUGGGGAACUUGACUUUCCCCGUCGUCUCCUGCAACGUCCAGAGCACUGUCAAAAGCUUGAACGAGACCAUCAAGAACUACCACAUCUUCGAAAAGUACGAUGUUGCUGUCAUUGGCGCCACGACCGAGACAACGCCCAACAUUGCCAACGUCGGCAAGGGAACCACCUUUCUCGACCCGAUUCCAGAGGUUCAAAGGGCCAUCUACGAGAUCCGCAACACGACCAAGGUCAAGCGUAUCAUCGCCCUCACUCAUCUAGGCUACGAAGUCGACCAGAAGCUGGCACGGCAGACCGAGGGCCUCUCGCUCAUCAUCGGCGGCCACAGCCACACGCUCCUGGGAGACAUGGACAAGGCCGAGGGCAAAUAUCCCACCAUCAUCAAGGACAAGAGCGGCAACGAGGUCUUUGUCGUCACCUCGUACCGAUGGGGCGAGUACCUGGGCGCGAUUGAAGUGACCUUUGACGAGAGCGGCAGAGCCCUGUCCUAUCACGGAUCACCCAUCCACAUGGACAACACCACGGCCCUGGACAAGGGCCUCGACAGAAAAAUCACCGCCUGGAGGGGCCCCUUUGAGAAGUUCGCCGCCCAAGUCAUUGGCAGCACAAGCCACGUCCUGGACCAGACGACGUGCCAAAAGCGCGAUUGUCUGCUGGGCCAAGUCGUGGCGGAUGCCAUGUUGGAAUACCGCCUGAGCCAGACGACCAACGGCGCUGGCGACAAGCCCGAUUUCGCCAUCAUCAAUGCCGGCGGCGUUCGAGCGACCAUUGGCCAGGGCAACAUCACCCGCGGACAAGUCAUCACUGCCUUCCCGUUUAGCAACGCCGUCACGCAGCUGAAGUACUCUGGGGCCGAUCUGCGCAAGACUCUCGAGGGCUGCGUGUCCCGCGUCAACCAGUUUAAUCAAAGGAAGACGUCGUCCUGGUUCCAGGUCUCUAGCAACAUCGUCAUCGAGUACAACGAGAGCAGAGACGUUGGAUCUCGGUUGGUCAACGUCAUCAUUGGCGGAAAGGCGCUCGACGACAAGGCCGAGUACAACGUUGUUACGGUCGACUUCGUCGCCGGCGGCGGCGACAACCUCUUGAAACCUGGUGCCGAGCUCGUGACUCUCGAGACUCUCGACCAGGUGCUCGUCGCGUACAUCAGGGAGCACACUCCGCUUCGGAACGCUCUGCAGAAGCGUGUCGUCCAACGGCGCUGCGAGAGAGGGCACGGGAGAGGAGAGUGA